GGUGAAGACAGAAAGGUCCGACACCGACUAAGGUUAGGCACCAAGGCAACGUUUAACGCUAAUCAUCUCUCAGACUCGCUAAUUUUAUCCAGUUUCUUAAUUCAGACUCAUUUGUCAAAUGCUAAAUAUUAAAUGUUAAUUAUUAUGCUUAAAAUGUUUUUAGUCUUUUACCGUUGAACUCCAAGUGGAGACCAGUUGAAACUAGGUUUGCUGCAGACAUAAAGAAGAUGAGUUUCGAGGCAAAGCGAUGUGGAGUGAAGUUCAGUCCUCCCUCUAUAGUUUUAAUUUAUGAACACAAGGAAACCAAAAAGGUGCGAAAAAGAAUAAUACCUGUGCGGAACUUCUCAAAAUAUUCUGACUACUGCAUGGCUGCUGAAAGGCUGAAGAACCACCCUCGGCACAGGGACUACCUGGAAGGUGUGUCCCAGAGCCAACUGGAGAAGCUUCACAUCAUCCUGCGAGAUCACAUGCAGGGCUUCAGCUUGGAGCACAGCCUGGCCUCGUUCCGCCUGGACCCUAACGAAGACCUGAACAAACUGGACGAUGAGGAGCUGGCUCGCAAGAAGGGCCAAAUGGACGAACUGUUUGAGAAGAACCGGAGGCGCAAAGAUGAUCCUGACUUUGUUUACAACCUGGAAAUGGAUUUCACAAAGACCAUCCAAGAAAAGUGCAGUUGGGAUGAUGAUUCUGAUGACGGAUUUUAAAACUGCUUUCCAAUCCUUUCUCUGACCUUUCAGAGUGUCGAUUGCAAAUUACCCGAUAUACUGGUGUUCUAUGAGAUAACAGGAAAAUCUAACAGAGCUGAAGUUGACUACAAUGCUUAUUGUCCAUCUAAACUCAAACACAGUGGUUAACAUCUGAUUUUGGGUAGCUCUUUUCAGGAAAUAUCCUCUUGCAUGCAGUCAAGUAUAUACACUCAGUUGCCAGUUUAUUAGGUGCACGUAUCUAAAACUAAUGCAGUCUAAUGCAACAGCCCUGCAAUAAAUUCUGCCUUCAUGAAGUUGAUGUUUAGUUUUUGUUGAAACUGUUUUAGAGGCAUUGAUUACAUGUUUUGGUCAUUUUGGCAACUACAGUUAUAGCGCUGUUGAAUUAUACUGUGUUACACUAAGUGUUUCUCAUAUUUUGCCCACCCCAUUUAUAUUAAUAAGGGUACACUAAAUAUUAGAACCACCACUCAGAAUAAUGCAAUACUGUUGAACAGCACUGCAAAGCCUCCAAAAUGUCCACAAAGUUGAAUCAACACCUUUGUAAAACAGUUUCACAGUGAACAUUAUAACAUUCAUGAAGGUAGAAUUUACUGCAGGACUGUAUGAGCUGUUUAAGCUUCUUGUACCUAAAAAACUGGCAACUGAAUAUGUUUCAAUUGUUCUGGUAACAACUGGAAUUUUGGACGAGUAGAAGUGGAUAUUUAGCAACAGACACAACAAACAACAGAAGAAUACAACGCCAACGACAGAAAGACAUCCCAGUAUUCAGUGCCCAUUUGACGGCAGUCCCAGACAACAGCAUCAAUAAAUACUGUACAUUAGGUAUCAGCAUUCACUGUUUAGAUAAUGGUUUGGCAUUUUACUGGAAGCACCAUUAACACAUACAGUAUUUACCCAGUAAUCUAUGGGGAUCUAGCUACUUUUGAGAUCUCUGCACCCAAAAUAACAGCUGAAAGUCCAAUGCAAUGAUUGUUUGUGGCACGGAAACCAGGCAAAAAAAGCAACCUUUUUCAGAAUCCAUGUUAUGGUUAUUCUGCAUUAUCCACAGACCUUGCUGUCAAGAGUUUAGUCAAAAGUAGUUUAGACAGUAAUUUAGAAAAUAAUAGUUCUCAGUGAAAAAUUACCAUUCUGAAAAUACACUAGUAAAAGUAACUGGACCAUUGUUUUAGUCAAAAAGUUACGGUUGAAAUUCUUCAAUUGUAAUUUGUUGAUGCUUUUCGAGUACCACAAACCAAAACCAUUUGUUUUAAUUGUAAUGGGGAGACCGCAGAUGUCUCAGCACCUCUUAAUACAUGGUUAGGAAAAAUAAAUAAAUCAAGGGAAACAACCCGAACAAUG